GGCCAGUAUGGAAGAUGCGCGAGAAGUUGCAUUAGCAAAACUAUCAGAAUUACUCAAACAUCCCGAUGACCUUAAUACAAAGGUCGGACCUCUUUCUCGUCGUCUUGCCAAAGAAAAGGCUUCCAUCGAUGCUCAAUUGAGUACGGGUGUCCAAACCCAGCUCGACAAUGUCCAAGAAGGGCUCGAGACACUUGCUCUCUCGAGUCAGAACAAUGACAAAGUCAAAUCUAACAUGCGACGAAUCGACAAACUUUGUCGAGAUGCACAAUCAAUGAUCCAUGACUUUCCUCGAAUCAACAAGGUGUCCCAAGUUCAUCAAAAUUUUGUAGCGACUCAAGAGAAAGUAAAAGCAUUUCGGGCAUUAUACCAACGUCUACAAGGAAUUGAGCAGAUGUUUACACCAUUACAACAAGACGUAUUUAGACCGCAAGACAACCUACUUCAUGUGCAUUACGAAUUAUUCAAACUUGAGGAGUUUAGAGACCAAACAAUGCAUCAGGCACGAGGCUCUCCUCAAGAUGUCCUCAUCACGCUCAAGACAUACUUUAGACGUGUAGAUGUCCUGUCAGAUGAUUUCACACAGCAUCUUUGGCAGAUUGCGCGUCACCUUCUUGAGUUAGUAGACAUGGGCUUGGGUGCUUCAGUAGUCAAGUUAGUCAAAAUUAUCGAGUGUGAAGAACAUGCAGACGAAAAGGCAUUGGCAGCACAACAGGCUCAAACAAGUCAUCAGGAUAUGCAGGGACACAAAAAGUGGCGACUAGCCGAAGGCAAUCCACGCACCAUCAAAUCCUACCGUGUCGAAUUCUUUGAACAGAUUCACCAAUCUAUUGUCGAGCGUUUUGAAGACGAAUUAGCUCCAUAUCGUGAAAACGGAGAUUGGUCAGGUGCUUUGGACAUUACAGACUUUAUCUUCAAUGACCUUGAGUUGGUCUUUGAUCAUGUCGUGCCAAAGUUUCCCAAGAAGUAUAAGAUCUUUCCUCACUUUGUAUUGGAGUAUCAUCGUCAUACGUACGAGUUGCUGAAUGGUAUGGUUGACCAAGAUUUGGAUGCUGGAACUAUCUUGAGAUUAUUACGAUUUGUGAGGGAUUACUAUGCUACUAUGAGUACACGUCUGGGAGUUACUGAAGAACUAUUGGAGCCCCAGCUUCUGGAUGGCCAGGAACAAACACUUGUGGACGAAUAUCUUAAACUGGUCCGCAACAAACUUGCCGAAUGGACUUCCAACCUCAUGUCCUCUGAGUCGCGCGACUUUGUGGUCCGUGAACAUCCACCAGAGACUACCCCCGAUGGUCAAUAUGGAAUGGCAGGUGCAGUCGACAUGUUCCAAAUUAUAAACCAGCAGAUAGAUGUGGCUGCAGAUGCCAACCAGGGAAAAUUGCUGUAUUUGGUUGUGUAUGAAUGUCACAAGGUCAUGAAAGACUCUCAAAGUUUUUGGAAAAAACUACUACUAUCGGAAAUGCGCCGGCAGUUGGAACAACCCGAGGAAGCACCAGAAGGCUUUGUUGAGUACGUUAUGGCCCUUGCGAAUGACCAGAUCAAGUGCUCUGAUUUUGCUGAAGCAAUAUUGAAGCGAAUUACUCCAUUGGUUGAGGCUAAGUAUAAGACACAGGUGGAAGACAAGCUAUCAACCUGUGUGGAUGGCUAUCUACAAAUAGGUGCCGCUUCCCGUGAAGCUUUGUUGGAGGUUACUUUUAACGAUAUUAAGCCUGUAUUUGAUGAUCUAUUCACCGCUCGCUGGUACGAACAACCUCUUGUUCCAUCUGUUAUCGAGACCCUUAAAGAUUACUGCAACGACUUUACACAUCUCAACAAGUUUCUGUUUGACAAGUUAGUCAAUGAUAUGCUCGACCGAUUUUUGAUGCUUUAUCUCGAAGCUAUGCGACACAAGAACGCACGAUUCCGUAUGACCACAUGCCUCGACAAAAUCCAAGACGAUGUUCGCAUGUCUUUUAACUUCUUUUCGACAUACAAAUCUGUGGAAGAGCUCGAAGAGCGAUUUGAUGUGAUUGAAAGGGUUCACACUUUACUGGAAAGUAACAGACGAAUGAUAUUUGUGGAUUACUAUUCUCUCCGACAAGCAUACCCCGAUGUUCCAUUAGCAUUUGUAGAAGAUGUAUUGAGCAAGCGAGACGAUCUUGACAAAGCUGCUCUCAAAGAUAUUAUGGAAGGAAUCAAGGCAAAAGCAAGAGAGUACGAACCUGAAGCUAACACCCCACCCACUAUAUUCAGUCGUAUUAAGUGGUAGUGCACUUUCAUUGUUUUGCUUUGCUUCUUAAUUUUAUCUUUACCCAUUCAAUGCUUAUUUACCCGCAACAU